ACAGCAAUUACGUGGUAACACAAAGCGAGGGGCUGCAUAUCGAGGACUUGGCACCAUUACUCGUAUCCCCGGAUGUUGCAGACAGGUUUUACAAAUACAAAGGAUCUCUCACGACUCCUGGGUGUUAUGAAUCGGUCACGUGGUUUGUGAUGAACAAUCAUCCACAAAUAACAGAGCAAGAAAUAAUGGCAUUCCGAAAUCUAAAGAGCAGCAAGGCGCAUGCUCAAGGUCCAAAUGUUGGUCGUAUGUGCAAUAACUUUCGAAACGUUAUGCCACUGAAUGGAAGACAGAUCCAUAGCAACAUUGUCCUAGAGUGAACAGAAAGUAUCCAUCUUUGUAUUUCUCAUAUCUACAGUAAGGUUGAUUGAAGUUCUAACAGGUGAAAGAAAUCCGGGUGGUAACAAGAAGGACUGGCACGAGCUCAUGUUAACCAUGGCUGGAAUAAAGGAAUGAACUGUUAUAUUAUGCUGUGACAAGUUGCAUUAGUUUUCUUCCUCUAAGAAGCAUGUUUGAAGGAAAGUUCUAUAGAUCACUCCAAAGACGAACAAUUAGUGGAAACAUGUACAUGUAAUCCAAAUGAUGCAGACGCCUGUUAUAAUCAUAAAAGGUCUUAUGAUCUUGCAA